AUGUCAGCCAAGCGAGCGCUCAGCAGCAUCGCGACAAAAGAGGACCCAGAGACCCUCUACGAGCUUAUGGAGCACAUCGGCACCGGCAGCUACGGCGAAGUAUUCAAAGCGCGCAGCAAACAAACCGGCGAGCUCGCCGCCAUAAAAGUCAUCAAACUCGAAGCCGGCGAAGAGCUCGACGAAGUCCUCCACGAAGUCAACUUUCUCCGCGACUGCAACCACCGCAACGUCGUCUCCUACAUCGGCUGCUACAUGAAACGUGGCACCCUCAAAGGCCAAAAACACAUCUGGAUCGUCAUGGAGUUCUGCGGCGGCGGGUCCGUCGAAGCUUCCUACAAGGGCAUGCGCGGGCCGCUCACCGAGCAGGAAAUCGCAUGCAUCAUCCGCGAAUCUCUCACCGGCCUCUCCUUCCUCCACUCCUGCAACAAGAUGCACAGAGACAUCAAAUGCGGCAACAUCCUCAUGACCGAAACGGGCCAGAUCAAGAUCGCCGAUUUCGGUGUCUCCACCCAACUCACACGCACAUUCUCGAAACGACAUACAUUCAUCGGAACACCGUAUUGGAUGGCACCCGAGGUCAUCACCGCCGAGCAGCAGGGGACCGCGUACGACUCGCAGGCGGAUAUAUGGUCGCUGGGCAUCACCGCGAUGGAGAUGGCGGAAUGUAGCCCGCCGAUGUUUGAUAUGCAUCCGAUGAGGGUGUUGUUUAUGAUACCCAAGUUGGAGCCGCCGAAACUCAAGGAUUCCGGGAAGUGGAGUGAGGAGUUUAGGGAUUUUUUGCAUGUUUGUUUAGAGAAGGAUCCGGAUAAGCGGCCGACUGCGGAUGUACUGCUGAAACACCCCUUCAUGAAACCCACCUCGACACCCACGCUUAUAGUAACGCACCUCAUCGAACGCACCCGCGAAGCCAAACGUGCACGCGCGGCCCUCACCAUCCAGAACCCGUUGUUCCCGCAGGCGGGCGCAGACGACGACGACGACGACGAUGAUGACACCGAAGCGAGCGAGAGGGCUGAGACGGUGAAGAAGAGGGGGACGGCGCAGAAAGUUGAGGUCGGGACUGUGGGGACGCCUGUUGAGCAGGCGCUGCAGCGGCUGGACGUAAAAGACAGCAAAACCUCCACCCUAACCUCCAUCGGCGAAUCCGCAUCCCCCUCCUCGGAGACCGAAGACGACACCCUCGGCCCCCUAGGUACGCUAUCAGAAGGCCAGCGGGAACGAACAAUACGACGCGCGGCCACCCACGUCAAGGAGGAAUCCACGGCGUUGGUGGAACGAGUGCCUGUGCCGGAGAAGGGGGAUACGUUGACCAAAGAGGAGGCGAAAAAGAAGCCGGUCUUCAAAGCCAGCCGGAUAUGCCGGUUAACGAUCCAAGUCAACUGCGCCGAGUUCCUAGGCGAAACGCUGCUAUUAGGCACAGACGACGGCCUCUUUGGGUUUGAGACGAAAGAAAAAGACGCAAAAAUGAUCCCAUUAUCAACGAGACGGUACGAGCAGCUCAACGCGCUCGAGGAUCUCAACAUCGUCAUUUCGCGUUCGGGAAAAUACGACAUGGUAGCAACGCACGACAUGACCUCCACGAUGAAGUUCAAGCGGAAGCAGAAGUUUGAGACGGAGACGAAGCUGAAGAAGAUGAAGGAGACUAAGGGGUGUCAGUUCUAUUCUAUUGCCAGGAUAAAGACCUCGAUCUACCUCUGCGUCGCGACGCCCAAGUCGCUAUUAGUGAUGAAAUGGGCGCCGCAUCCUCUAAACCGCUUCAUGAAAAUGAAGGAAAUCAUGGUGGACUUCAAAGUCACCUCCCUCGACAUCACCGAAUCCCCCACCAACGAACUGCGCCUCUACGCCGGCACAUCCACCCGCUUCAAGGUCGUCGACCUGCAAACAGUCACCGUGGAGGAAAUCGUCGUCCCCGGCGUGUCGGAGGAUAAAUUGGGGAAACCGGUUCGCGGCGUGCUUUACGAGGGGCUUUUUGUGCUUUGUUACGAGCAUAUGGGGAUCAUGACCAAACUGCACCUCAACAUCAAAGAGAACCGGACGCUUACGUGGCGGAGUCCGAUGACGUUCGCAGACGCCCUCGGCACCGACUACCUCGUCGCGGGCUCCACGGACGUGGUCGACGUGAUCAACAGCGACACCGGCAAGAUCGUGCACGUGUUCGAGACGAAGCGGGACAAGAUCCGGUCGUUGGGGCUGUUGGUGUGUAAAGGCGAGAAAUUGUUUUUGUUGGCGGAGGAGGAGAGGGAGGGCGUUAGAGGGGGGAGUGUUAUACUUAUUGAGGUUGGGGGGUAG